AUGCUACUGCCCAGCUCGGGGGACCUGUGGAGUGUGUUCAUGGACUUCAACCACAAGCGUCUGGAGCCGUGGGAGAGGAUCAUCCCCUCCUUUAGGUACAACAAGGAACUGCCCUUCUUUGAGAUGCUGGUUCCCACCACCGACACGGUGCGUUAUGGCUACCUGAUGGAGAAGCUGCUGUCUGUAGGACACUCUGUUCUCUUCACCGGCAUCACCGGAGUAGGAAAGUCUGUGGUGGCCCGUGGUCUUCUGAACAGUGUCCAGGAGAAGGAGGCUAUGUUCCCUGUCUAUAUCAACUUCUCAGCCCAGACCACCUCGGCCAGAACACAGGAGAUGAUCGAGUCCAAACUGGAGAAGAAGAGGAAGAACAUUCUGGGUGCUCCUGGUAACAGAAAGAUAGUGAUCUUUGUGGAUGAUCUGAACAUGCCUAAAUUGGACACCUACGGCUCCCAGCCUCCAAUAGAACUGCUCAGACAGUUCCAGGACUUCCACGGCUUCUACGACCGAGAGAAGUUCUUCUGGAAGGAGAUCCAGGACAUGACGAUCGCGGCGGCCUGCGCUCCGCCUGGAGGGGGCCGUAACCCGGUGACCCCUCGUUUCAUCCGCCACUUCAGCAUGUUGUGUCUGCCCACUCCCUCCGAACACAGCCUCAAACAGAUCUUCAAUGCCAUCCUCAGUGGUUUCCUCAGUGAGUUCCCCCAGGCUGUGAGGUCUUCAGCAGGCAGCAUCGUCACUAGACGCAGCAGUGAGAUCUACCACCGCAUGUCUGUGGACCUCCUGCCAGGGUGAGACACACAGCCAACACACACACACACACACACACAGUCCCACUACGUCUUCAACCUCAGGGACCUCUCCAAGUGUGUUCAGGGUAUGUUGCAGUGUGAGCCAGGCACGGUGAGGGAUCAGACUGGGAUAUUCCGUCUGUUCUGUCACGAGUGUCAGAGAGUGUUCCACGACCGCCUCAUCAACAACGAAGACAAAACCUACUUCAACACCAUCGUCUCUGAGAUGGCCAGCAAAUAUUUUGGCUUCAAUUUAGAACCCAAUUACUUUGUGACCAAACCCAUCAUAUUUGGAGAUUUCAUCAAGGUGGGUGCAGAGAAGGCAGAUCGUCUGUAUGAGGACCUAACAGAGCCAGAUAAGAUCAGGGCUGUGCUCCAGGACUACCUGGAUGACUACAACAUGACUUUCUCCAAGGAGACCAAGCUGGUGUUCUUCCAGGACGCUGUAGAACACGUCUCCAGGAUAGCGCGUAUGAUCCGCCAGGAGCGCGGUAACGCCCUAUUGGUGGGCGUGGGGGGCACGGGGAAACAGUCACUGACGCGGCUGGCGGCCCACAUGUGCGGCAUGCGCUGCUUCCAGAUAGAACUGAGCCGAGGAUACAACUACGACAGCUUCCACGAAGACCUGAGACGACUGUUCAAGAUGGCUGGGGUGGAGGGCAAGGACAUGGUGUUCCUCUUUACUGACACACAGAUCGUGGUGGAGGAGUUCCUAGAGGACAUUAACAACAUGUUGAACAGUGGAGAGGUGCCCAACCUGUUUGAGAAGGAUGAUCUGGAGCAGGUCCUGGCUGCCACACGGCCCAGAGCCAAGGAGGCCGGCAUCAACGAGGGAAACCGAGACGAGGUGUUCCAGUUCUUCAUCUCUCGGGUCAGAGAGAAGCUGCACAUUGUGUUGUGUAUGAGUCCUGUAGGAGAUGCCUUCAGGUCCCGCUGUCGUAUGUUCCCCUCUCUGGUCAACUGCUGCACCAUCGACUGGUUUGUACAGAAACUGUUGGAGACCAACGGAUUGGUGGAUAAGAUGAAGGUAGACCUGUCAGCUCUGGAGCCUGUCCUCAAACAAAAGUCUAUAGACGUCAACGCCCUCAUGGGGAAACUAGCCGUGGACCAGGAGAGUGCAGACAAGGUGCGUAAAGUGGUGAAGGAGGAUGAGGCCCUGGCCAAGGUGAAGGCUGAGGACACCCAGGCCAUAGCAGCAGACGCCCAGAGGGAUCUAGACGAGGCUCUGCCCGCUCUGGAAGGUGCCAACAAGGCCCUGGACUCACUGGACAAGGCAGACAUCUCAGAGAUCAGGGUCUUCACCAAACCACCUGACAUGGUUAUGACUGUCAUGGAGGCCGUCUGCAUCCUGCUGGGCAGCAAACCAGACUGGUCCAGUGCCAAGCAGGUGCUGGGUGACUCCUACUUCCUCAGGAAGCUGAUGGAAUAUGACAAGGAAAACAUUAAGCCCCAGAUCCUCCAGAAGCUUCAGAAGUACGUGAACAACCCGGACUUUGUCCCUGAGAAGGUGGAAAAGGUGUCCAAGGCCUGCAAGUCCAUGUGUAUGUGGGUCCGGGCCAUGGACCUCUACUCCAGAGUCCUCAAGGAGGUCGGACCCAAGAAAGAAAGACUGGCAGCCGCACAGACGGAGCUGAACGCUACCAUGGCAACCCUGAAGGAGAAGCAGGCCCAGCUACAGGAAGUACAGAACAAGAUUAAGAUCCUCCAGGACCAGUUUGACCAGAGCAUCGCAGAGAAGGAGGGUCUGGCUAAGACCAUGGCUCUGACCGAGGCGAGGCUGGGCCGUGCAGGGAAGCUGACAGCAGCUCUGGGGGACGAGCAGGUUCGCUGGCAGGAGAGCAUCGAACUGUUUGAACAGGAGAUCCAUAACGUGGUGGGAAACGUCUUCAUCGCUGCAGCCUGUGUGGCGUACUACGGAGCCUUCACAAUGCACUAUAGACAACUGCUGAUAGACCAGUGGAUUGUGCGAUGUCAGGAGUUGGGCAUCCCCAUCAGUGCCAGCUUCAGCCUCAUCAACAUCCUGGGCGACCCUGAGAUCCGCCUGUGGAACGCCGAGGGGUUGCCCCGGGACCCCACUGAGAAUGGAAUCCUGGUUACCCGUGGACGCCGCUGGCCACUCAUGAUCGACCCUCAGGAUCAGGCCAACCGCUGGAUCCGUUCCAAGGAGACCAAGAACGGUCUGAAGGUGAUCAAGCUGACCGACUCUGGUUUCCUGCGAACCCUGGAGAACGCCAUCCGCAUGGGCAUGCCCGUACUGCUGGAGGAGCUGAAGGAGACUGUGGACCCGGCUCUGGAGCCCAUCCUGCUGAAGCAGACGUUUGUGGCGGGCGGCCACCUCAUCCGCCUCGGAGACUCCGACAUUGACUACAACAAGAAAUUCAGGUUCUACAUGACCACCAAGAUGGCCAACCCACACUACCUGCCUGAGGUGUGUAUCAAAGUGACCAUCAUCAACUUCACUGUGACCAAGUCUGGUCUGGAGGACCAGCUUCUCAGUGACGUGGUUCGUCUGGAGCGUCCUGACCUGGAGGAACAGAGGAACCAGCUGAUUGUGAGGAUUAACGCCGACCGCAACCAGCUGAAGGCCAUCGAGGACCGCAUCCUCAAACUGCUCUUCAACUCCAAGGGAAACAUCCUGGACAAUGAGGAGCUGGUGCAGACCCUGCAGGAGUCAAAGGUGACGUCAGAGGCCAUUAAGCAUCGUUUGGAGGAGGCCGAGGCGACAGAGCUGAUGAUCAACGCAGCCAGGGAGCGCUACCGGCCCGUGGCCACACGAGGCUCCGUCAUGUACUUUGUCAUCGCCAGCCUCUCUGAGAUAGACCCCAUGUACCAGUUCUCCCUCAAGUACUUCAAGCAGCUCUUUAACUCCACCAUAGAGAUAUCAGAGAAGAGCAGUGUUCUGGAAGAGCGCCUGCAGAUCCUCCUGGACCAGACCCUGCUCACCAGCUACACCAACAUAUCCCGUGGCCUGUUUGAGCAGCACAAGACCAUCUACAGCUUCAUGCUUUGUGUGGACAUCAUGCGUCAGCAUGGCGAGGUCACUGACGCAGAGUGGCAGCACUUCCUGCGAGGAGCGCCCCCCCUUGACAAGGAUCAUCCAGAGAGGCCUGAGGUGCCAUGGCUGUCAGAGUUUACCUGGCAGACAUGCUGUGAGCUGGAGGACACUCUGCCCUGCUUCAACGGCAUCAAGGGAGAGAUCACCGCCACACCCAUCUCUAUAAAACUAGGUCGUCUGGAAGUGUGUUUCAACCCAGAGAACUGGCAGGGCUACGUGUCUGACUCCCAGCUGCCUCCCUACUCAGAGGAGAUGUCUGAAGAAGAGAAGGAAAAGGCAAACGGGGUCAGGGGUCACUGGGAUCAGAGACUGGGGGCCUUCCAGAAACUGGUGCUCAUCAAGAGCUUCAUGGAGGAGAAGGUGGUGUUUGCGGUGACAGAGUUUGUGAUCGUGAGCCUGGGGAAACAGUUUGUAGAGAACCCUCCUGUUGACCUGGCCACUCUCUACGGUGACAUGUCUCCCUCCACCCUGGUCUUCAUCCUCAGUACCGGAUCAGACCCCAUGGGAGCCUUCCAACGCUUCGCCAAGGAGAGGGAUACCUGGACAGGUGAGGGGGUGAGGUCUAUCUCUCUCGGUCAGGGUCAGGGUCCUAUAGCUGAGAAGAUGAUUCUGGAAGCUCUGAAGAGCGGUAACUGGAUCUUCCUCCAGAACUGUCACCUGGCUGUGUCCUGGAUGUUAGCCAUGGAGGAACUUAUCAAGACCUUCACUGAGCCGGACACGGUGAUCCAUGAGAACUUCAGGUUGUUCCUGAGCUCCAUGCCCACCAAGGUGUUCCCUGUCACCGUCCUCCAGAACUCUGUCAAGGUGACCAACGAGCCUCCUAAGGGUCUACGUGCCAACGUGCGCCGGGCGUUCACUGAGAUCACCAACAACUUCUUUGAGGAGCACAUCCUGGGACGCCAGUGGAGGAAGAUCAUCUUUGGAGUCUGCUUCUUCCACGCCAUCAUACAGGAGAGGAAGAAGUUUGGUCCUCUGGGUUGGAACAUCCGUUAUGAGUUCAACGACAGCGACAGAGAGUGUGCCCUGCUCAACCAGAACCUCUACUGUCAGACUGGUCACAUACCCUGGGAUGCUCUCAUCUACAUCACUGGGGAGAUAACCUACGGAGGCAGGGUGACUGAUGCCUGGGACCAGCGCUGUCUCCGCACCAUCCUCAAACGCUUCUUCCCUGUCACCCUGGACCCAGGGUACACCUUCUCCACCUCAGGUGUCUACUUUGCCCCCGAGGCAGACAGACUGAGUGACUAUAACAGGUACAUAGAGAACCUUCCUCUCAUAGACGACCCUGAGAUCUUUGGUAUGCACGAGAACGCCAACCUCGCCUUCCAGCGUCUGGAGACUAUGACCCUGAUCAACACCAUCCUGGAGGUACAGCCUCGCUCGUCAGCCCGCGGCGGGGGCAAGAGCAACGACGAGAUCGUCCACGAGCUGGCCGACUCCAUCCUCGCCAAGAUCCCGGAGUGUCUGGAUAUGGAUGAGGCAGCAGAGGCUCUGUUUAUUCGUGACGCCAACGGACGCCUCAACUCCCUCACCACCGUCCUCGGACAGGAAGUAGACCGCUUUAACAACCUGCUGCGGGUCCUCAGGGUGUCUCUGUGUACCCUCCAGAAGGCUAUAGCAGGGCUGGUGGUGAUGUCAGAGGAGAUGGAGAGGAUCUACACCAGUUUCCUCAACAACCAGGUUCCAAACCACUGGAGCACCUCAGCUUACCCCUCCCUCAAACCCCUGGCCAGCUGGGUUAAAGACCUGGCCCUCAGGACCUGUCUUCAUCGAGGCUUCCUCACUGGGGCGCUACAGAACCACGCCAGGACCUAUAACCUCCCCAUCGACGAGCUCAACUUCCGUUUUAACGUGUUGCCGGUCUACCUAGACCAGGGGGCCGUGAGCGAGGCGCUGAAGACCCUACCGGCCGGGGGCGAGCUGGACAUGGACUCUGAGCUACCCACCAUCAACGACGGCGUGCUGGUGCACGGGAUGUUCAUGGACGCCAGUCGCUGGGACGACGUCGACAUGGUGAUCGAGGAUGCGUUGCCGCGGGUGAUGAACGCCAUGCUUCCCGUGGUGCACUUCGAACCCCAGCAGAACUAUGACCCUGAUCCGUCUCUCUACCAGGCUCCGCUGUACAAGACCUCAGCUCGGGCUGGGACUUUGUCGACUACAGGCCACUCUACUAACUUUGUGGUGACGGUGAUGCUGCCGUCCAGCCUGCCUAGUGACUACUGGAUCACCAAGGCCUCAGCCCUGCUCUGUCAGCUCAAUGAGUAGUCACACACACACACACACACACACACACACACACACACACACACACACACACACACACACACACACACACAGCUGUACUUCUGCACCUUCAUUACCAGCAGCAGUGAUGAAGCCCAUUCUCUAUGGACUCUUGAUUUCUGGAAACCAGUGACUGUUUCUCACGUCUAUAUUGAGAAGUAUUCUACUGUGUACUCUCUCUCCCUGCUCAUCAGUUGAGAAGUAUUCUACUGUGUACUCUCUCUCCCUGCUCAUCAGUUGAGAAGUAUUCUACUGUGUACUCUCUCUCCCUGCUAAUCAGUUGAGAAGUAUUCUACUGUGUACUCUCUCUCCCUGCUCAUCAGUUGAGAAGUAUUCUACUGUGUACUCUCUCUCCCUGCUCAUCAGUUGAGAAGUAUUCUACUGUGUACUCUCUCUCCCUGCUAAUCAGUUGAGAAGUAUUCUACUGUGUACUCUCUCCCUGCUAAUCAGUUGAGAAGUAUUCUACUGUGUACUCUCUCUCCCUGCUCAUCAGUUGAGAAGUAUUCUACUGUGUACUCUCUCUCCCUGCUCAUCAGUUGAGAAGUAUUCUACUGUGUACUCUCUCUCCCUGCUCAUCAGUUGUAUUUGCACGGGGGCCCAAAAUGGCAUUUUUCUUUUAUUUUCCGAGUUGCUUUGAUUAAAUACCAUGUAGCAGUG